CAACUACGCACCAAAUCAAGCGAAUCGGACACGUAAUCCACACUUUCAGUUUUGGCUCAUGGGGUGAAUGUUGUGCUUGCAGAGUUUAAAAUGGCUGUUGAACAAGUUUUGGUAACGGGCUAACAAAUGCUAUUUGCAAAGUUGCUGGAGGACUCAAUGCUCACCAGCUAGCUAAAACUACUUAGCAAACAUGUCAAACUUGAAAUAAAGUAAUCGCAAAGAAAAACCGAGCUAAUCGGCCUGACCUCUGGGCUGCUCAUAUGCACAAAUAUCUAAAUGAAAGGCUUAAAUGCAGCCGUUUUCUACAGAUGUCAGUAGUCGGUAAGUUAGCAAAGAUAGCUCUGCAUAUCUAGCAGCGGUACGAAGUCACCUGCCUGCGCAUAUAAUCAUGGCAUGCAGUUCUGAAUCAAGCGUGAAGUUUUCCAGCUCUGAUCUCAAUACAACAGCGAUGCCCCAAAUGUCCGGGCAUGUGGAACAAAACUUGCAACCUGUGCUGUUUCAAAUUUACGGAAAGAUAUGGAAUGUCCAGGCACGACUUGGGCAGGGCGUUUCGGCCUCUGUUUAUCGGGUCACCUCUGGUCAUGGAAGUUCGGCGGCUGUAAAGGAAUUUCAAGUCGAUCCCCAGGGGGGAGAUUAUGGCUACCUCAAAGAAAGUUCCGUGCUGGAAGACAUCCAGGGUCACAAAAACAUCGUGACGCUGUAUGGGGUGUUCACCAAUCACAGCCCGCUGGGCGUGGCCACGCGCUGCCUGCUGUUGGAGCUGUUGGAUGUUAGUGUAUCAGAGCUUCUGGUGAGAGCAAGAAAUCAGGGCCACUCCAUGUGGCUGAUCCAGCACUGUGCCCGGGAUGUUCUAGAAGCCCUUUGUUUCUUGCACCGCGAAGGCUACGUUCACGCAGACCUGAAGCCGCGAAACGUGCUCUGGAGUGCAGAUGACGAAUGCUUCAAGCUCAUUGACUUUGGACUCAGCUUCAAAGAGGGACACCAGGAUGUGAAGUACAUUCAGACGGACGGAUACCGGGCCCCAGAGGCGGAGCUGCAGAACUCGCUGGCCCAGGCUGGGCUGGAGGGGGACGCAGGCUGCACUGCGGCCGUGGACCUGUGGAGCCUGGGAAUCAUUCUGCUGGAGCUCUUCUCAGGGAUUAAACUGAAAGAAACAGUCAGAUCUCAGGAAUGGAAGGCCAACAGUGCUGCCAUCGUAGACCAUAUCUUCUCAAGCAAUGCCAUGGUUUACCCUGCAAUCCCUGUCUUUCACCUGAGAGACCUUAUCAAAAGCAUGCUUCACCAUGACCCUAAACUCCGUAGCACAGCUGAAGCUGCUCUCAUCAGCCCUUUCUUCAACAUUCCUUUUGCUCCUCACAUUGAAGACCUGGUUCUGCUGCCUACACCUGUUUUGAGAUUACUCAACGUCAUUGACGACAGUCACCUUCACAAUGAAGAAGAGUAUGAGGAUAUCAUAGAAGACAUGAGAGAAGAGUGUCAGAAAUACGGCUCAGUCGUCUCACUGCUGAUCCCCAAGGAGAAUCCAGGCAAAGGCCAGGUUUAUGUGGAGUAUGCAAAUGCUGGAGACUCCAAAGAAGCUCAGAGACUACUGACAGGCCGUACCUUCGACGGCAAAUUUGUGGUUGCCACCUUCUACCCGCUGAGUGCCUAUAAGAGAGGUUACCUUUAUCAGACCGUGCAGUAAAGCUCCACACUGCCCCCCUCUGGCACUGCAAAGCACAUCUCCCACU